AUUAUGUCGUAUAGUUAGCGAGUUAUUAAUUAAUUAGUGAUGAGACACAUGGUGUCACUAUAGAGUCAUGAAUCGAAACCGCAUUUUCGAUCGAUAAGUCUUCGGUCUCCGACCGAUAUUCUCAUUAUUGUUAGUUGGUAAUUUUGAUUUGGAUUACCACCAUUAGAAGUCAGAAAUUCUGUCUCCAGUAUCAAUAAAAAUAUGCAACUUCGACUUCACAGCCUUUGUCCUUUAUCUGCCAGCAUUUUUCUUUACCCUUUUAAAUAGAAAUUAUUCCGACAAUUGCCGGUUCAUUGCAUAUUCAAACUUUUUUUCAUUAUCUUGAUAUAUCAUGUACCUGUUACUACAUCGCAUAGUUGCAAUAGUGUUCAUGGAAAUGCAGUAUAUUUUACUCUAUAUUGUUAAAAGUGUGCAAAUUUGUAAAUUUUGUAUUUUUUCAUUCUGAACUCCAGAUUUCAGCAUGGUUUUUUGUAUUAUCGUACUCCAUCCUAGUAUUGGACUUAAUGAAGCAUGACUUGUAGUAUUAAAAAAUAGUUCAGGACUUGAAAUGAGCAGUAAUUUAUAAAUUAUAGUUGUAUUGCAAUAAAUGUUAUUUUGUUAAAAAAAUUUGAGAAUUUAUUUUUAAUAUUCUAUGCCUCCAUCUUGUCUUAAAAAACAAGUUGCAGAAUUAUACCACAAUGUUAUCAGUGUUUAGAUUCUGCCAGUUCUACUCCAUUGCAUUUUUAACUCGGAAUAAAUUCAUCCACAGGUAUUUAAAAUUUCAGUUUUGUACUAAGUGAAGCUUGACCAUUCGGAAUAAUCGAGUUUAAACAACAUGGUGAUUAUUCUGUAUGGUUCCGGUUAUUUGGAUUUUAUCUUGCACAAAAGAAUGUUGCAAAAUUGCAUUUUGAUUGCAUUUGAUUUUAAAAGUAUUGCAAAUUUAAAUAAAAUUUGGGGGGUUCUUAAUCAUCACAGCAAUGAAACGGUCUGAUAGAAUCGAAAUGCAUUGAAGUUUGGUAUUACAGCAUACAAGAUACAUCGUUAAUAUUGCUACAUAUUGUUUAUUUUAUGAUGAUAUUUGUUUUUAAUAGUAAUAAAUGAUAUAAAAGUAACUUCAAAAAUAUGGCGAGUGAAUUUCAAGAUGUUGAAAGUGCUCUGGAACAAAUAAAAGUUGAAGAUUUAUCAGAAGUGAAAAGGAUUUUAUAUGGGAAACCCUGCGACAAGCUAGAAAUUCCUGCCUCUGCUGUGUCAUCUGCAAAUGAGAAUGAAUUUGAAAUAGCUGGAUACGAGAUUCCGAGUGUAGGAAUGGAACAAGGUAGACCUCCCAGACGUGUCAGGAUUGGUUUGAUUCAGAAUAAGAUUGUGAAACCAACUGAUGCUCCGAUAAAAGAACAGGUGACUGCACUUCAUGACAGAAUCAGUUUGAUGAUCAAGGCAGCUCAUGAUUGUGGUGUUAACAUCGUCGGACUUCAAGAGGCUUGGACGAUGCCAUUUGCUUUUUGUACUCGUGAAAAAUCACCUUGGACUGAAUUCGCUGAGUCAGCAGAAGAUGGGCCAACCACUAAGCUAUGCCAGGAGUUAGCAAAGAACUACAACAUGGUGAUAAUAUCCCCGAUAUUGGAACGGGAUUCUGUACAUUGUGGGGUUCUAUGGAACACAGCGGUCGUUAUUUCUAAUUCUGGAGAAGUUCUUGGUAAAACGAGGAAAAAUCAUAUCCCGAGAGUUGGAGACUUUAACGAGUCGACCUAUUACAUGGAGGGUGACACCGGCCACAGAGUUUUUCAAACAGCAUUUGGUAAAAUCGCUGUGAAUAUCUGCUAUGGGAGACAUCACCCUCUCAACUGGCUGAUGUUUGGACUAAAUGGAGCCGAGAUCGUAUUCAAUCCUUCAGCUACAGUCGGAGCAUUGUCGGAACCAAUGUGGCCUAUCGAAGCUCGUUGUGCAGCCAUUGCGAAUCAUUACUUUACAUGUGCGAUCAAUAGAGUUGGAUCGGAAACUUUUCCAAACGAAUUCACUUCUGGCGACGGAAAGAAGGCUCAUAAGGAUUUCGGACAUUUUUAUGGCUCAAGUUAUGUUGCAUCACCAGAUGGCAGUAGAACUCCAGGAUUAUCUCGUACUCGUGAUGGACUUCUUGUGACCUCAAUUGACCUCAACUCUUGUCAACAGAUCGCUGACAAAUGGGGAUUUAGGAUGACUGGCAGAUAUGAAAUGUAUGCUGACUCAUUGAAGAAAUACGCAAGUCAUGAUUUCAAGCCCGACAUUGUCAAAGAAAAAUAGAAUCAGAAUCUUCCAACAAUCCAAAACAAAUCAGAAAGUUUGGAAACCAAUAAUUCAAACAAAUCACAGUACAGGUUGUAUCGUUAUCACCCAGCCAUAUACCCAAAACUGUAUUAGGUGUUGUUUUAUUAUUAUUUUUAUCAUCGUUUUCUGGUUUGACGAAAAAAUAAAAUCUCUCUCCCUUUGUCAGUAAUUGGAAAUCAUUGUUGAAUGACUCAAUUCAGAAUAUUCUUUGGAUACAGCAUCUGUUGGAAUUCAUAUUUAGUGUGUUUCAACAAUCAUAUAUUAUUAUGUACAUUUCAUGUUCACUGUCAAUUGCCAAAGUUAUCGCACUAUUGCACCAUAUUUUAAUUUAAAUACACUUGUCAUUGGAUAAUUCUAGCGAGACAAAACUUCAAAUAUGUAUGUUUCAUCGUGUCUUUGCCAAAUUCAUUACACAGUUGCUUUUUUCAUCAUAGUUCAAAUAUACAGGGUGUCCAUGACGUCCCUUUACAGUUUCAAUUUUGUUAUGAAAUUCUCAAUAUAUCUUAACCAGGUUUGUUUUUCUAAUCAGUAAUUUUUUUUUUAACUUCAUUUAAUACAUCCGUGAUGGCCAAAAUGGUGUCGAUUUAUUCCCUUGCAAUAUUCGAAAUAUCAAUAAACAAUUCAAUAGCUUUUUCUCAUAAUUGUUCAUAUGGGCAUACUGGCCAUUGCUCUAGUCUACAUUGGCCAACCCUGCAAUAUGUUUUGUAUACUCUUGCGUGUCUAAAUUGCCAAAAUUAUUACACAAAUUGUGUUUCUAUCGUAGAAUUAUUCUGACAAAAUUUAGAAGUAUAUGUCAAGUCUCGCGCUCAUUUCAAAAAUAACUAUCUAACACUACAAAUAACAGAUAGUAAGAUAGAUAGUUCUUUGAAAAAUAAGUAUGUCGGUAUGUGCCAACAAUUUCAUCUUUUAUUUGUAACAAUUUUAUUUUAAUUUCCGUCCCUAAAUAAUCAUAAUCUUGCCUGAUAGCAAUGAAUUUGAAUGAACUGUGAAAACUAAAAGUGGCUGGUAAAUCAGACUGAAAUGUCAGGUUAAGUUUUCACAGAAAUUCAGUUUAAAUCAAAAAUAUGUUCUUUUGUGUAUUUCAUGUUUCCUCACAAUCGCCAAAUCCAUUAGACACUUCCAUAGCUGAAGAAAUUUGUGUUUGUGUGCUUAAGUCUCUCACACAAGCUAUAAUCGUUCAUUUUAAUUAUUUCUUUUUUCAUUAAAUCAUAACUUUCUUGUUGGCAACGAAUGUUUCUUGUUUAACGAAUUUUUACAGAUUCAAGAAGAAAUAUUCACGGACUUAGAACUACACUUUAGGUAUAACUGAAUUUAUCAUUUAAGAAAUGCUUGUGAAUUCGCCAAAACUGAGAACUUCUGCAAUCAGAAAGCCCUGAAUAUGUUUUUGCAUCUUAUUGAAACAACAUGCAUUUGUAGCCCGAAAACAUCAAAAGACUUUUUAGAGUUCUUUUAGAAUAGUCAAUAUGGCAUCCGAAGAGUUAGGAUUACCAGCUCACCAAAAAGUAGAUAUGUUGUAGAUUUUAUGUUUUCUCACAGUUGCUAAAGUUACCACAUAAUAAAUUGCAAUUGUCCUUAAAGAAGUCUAGGCUUUGCUUUGAGUAAAUUUGAAACAUGUAUUUGUGUCGGUGUGUAUUCGGAUUUUCAAACAAUUCAUUUUGUUAUAAUAUAUAUUGUUUUUUAAAUUAAAUCAUAACUUUACGUGUUAACAAUAUAUUUAAUUUUCAAACUGUAAUAUCAGGUGUCGAAAUGAUCAAAAAACAUUUAAAUGGAAUUUGAAAUUUGUACUCCUUGAUCUGUAUUAAGAAUUUAGUUUUUCUUAUAAAAUUUGCAAUUUUUACUGUGUAAUUGUGGCUAAUGCCAAAUCUGACUAAAAUUUAACAUAUAUCAGUAUAUGCCAUGUUUUUGCAAGUAAUCCUUUCGAUUCAGAAUUUCCUACAGAAUUGUUUGAAUACAGUGUUAGACACUCCCAGAACCAGCCUUUUGCAACUCAGAUUUGAAAAAAUUUGUUGCUGUCCAAUACCAUUGUUUUGCCUUUAUAACUACGAGCAAUUCAAAUAAAUGACACUCAACACUCGACUCGAACCCUGAACUUGGAAAAAAUCAAAUUUCGAUAACAACUGUGCAUGCAUCUCUUUCAGUGUUUUAUCAGAAUUUGGAAUUAGUAU